AUGAAGAAGAGCACCGUUGCGGCUGGCACAACCAACCAUCUAUUUGUUCAUGAAUCCCUGCAAUUGCUUCCGUCGCUGAUCUGGGGUGGAGGAGGAAAGUUACCGGCUAUCUUUUCAAGAUACAACUGCAUCUCUGUUUCUUUCUUUCCCAUCAAUACUACUACCGUCGUGUCGUGGAUGUUUUUCGGCCUUCCCUGUGCAGCUUUAUCAGAUAAAAUAUACGGAGGGUUAAUGGAAGCGAUGGUCGUCCAUGGUGAUGUCAUGAGAUUUUCUUCUGUGGAUUUACCAUCUAUGACUAUGCCACUCAACUCAUCAGUCUCACUAGAAAUCAUAGAACAGCAACCCGACUGUGCCCAGAACCAGAAGCAGAAAGGUAUACGGUUGUUUCCGAAACGGGCAAUUAUGCAAGGGGUUGUUGCAAUGCUGAGAAUCCAAAUCCGAAAGACCGAGUAUGAUACCUUAAAAGUAAGAGGAAACCCGUACGAAUCUGUUCCCUUUUGGAAGGAGACCAGGCAUGGCAUAUUAGCUUACACUCGAAAAGAAUAUGCUGCAAGAAGACGGCAAACAAAAGCAAAUGUCAACAGUUUGGUUUCAUGCACAAUGAGGAAAGUUACAGAUGACGAAAAACAGAUUCUGAAUGAUCAGCCAUUGCCGUUCAGCAAGCUUUUAAGCUAUGCCGAUGGACUGGAUUACACUCUAAUGGCUCUUGCAUCUUUGGGUUCUAUUAUACAUGGUCUUGCCCAGCCACUUGGUUAUCUGCUACUCGGGAAAGCCAUAGAUGCAUUCGGUAAUAAUAUAAAUGAUGAUAUUGGUAUGGUGAAAGCCCUCAAGAAGGUUAUACCGUUUGUAUGGUACAUGGCCUUUGCUACAUUUCCUGCUGGAAUUAUAGAAGUUGGUGGGUGGAUGUAUGCAAGUGAGAGACAAGUUGCACGGUUAAGACUCGCAUAUCUGAAAGCAGUUCUUAAACAAGAGAUCGGCGCUUUUGACACGGAAUUGACAAACGGAAAAAUCAUCACGGGAAUUAGUAAUCAUAUGGGUAUCAUCCAAGACGCUAUUGGCGAGAAGUUGGGACAUUUCAUAUCAUGCUUCGCAACCUUCUUUACCGGGGUUGUAAUAGCUUUUAUAUCAUGCUGGGAGGUGUCGCUGCUCACCUUGUUUGUUGUUCCUAUGAUUCUCAUGAUUGGAGCCACUUAUACGAAGAAAAUGAACUCUAUAUCAGCCACGAAAACAGCUUACUUGGCAGAAGCCACAGUAAUGGUCGAACAGACAAUUUCUCAGAUCAGAACCGUGUUCGCUUUUGUUGGAGAAAGCUCCGCGAUAAAAUCUUUCUCAGAUUGCAUGCAGAGACAGUUAAUCAUUAGCAAGGGAGAAGCGUUAAUCAAAGGAGUUGGAACGGGCGUAUUCCAAACAGUGACGUUUUGUUCUUGGGCUCUGAUUGUUUGGAUUGGAGCUCUUGUUGUUGUAGCCAAAAGAGCUCAAGGAGGGGAUGUUAUCGCUGCAGUCAUGAGCAUCCUCUUUGGAGCCAUAUCAAUCACGUAUGCAGCACCGGACAUGCAAAUCUUCAAUCAAGCAAGAGCUGCAGGAAAAGAAGUGUUUGAGGUGAUUGAGAGGAAAUCUCUUAUAAGUUAUGAUUCAAAAGGGGCGAUUCUUGAAAAGAUUAACGGGAACAUCGAGAUUCGUGGCGUCCAUUUUGCUUACCCGUCACGCCAAGAGAAACUGAUCCUUCAGGGAUUCUCGUUAUCCAUCCCAGCAGGAAAGGUUGUGGCUCUAGUAGGUAGUAGCGGGUGUGGGAAAAGCACCAUCAUCUCUCUCGUGCCAAGGUUCUAUGAUCCUGAAAAAGGUGAGGUCCUUGUCGACAACCACAAUGUCAAGGAUCUUGAUUUAAAGUUUCUAAGAGAAAAUAUAGGAGCAGUUUCACAAGAACCGGCGCUCUUUGCGGGCACGAUCAAGGACAACAUGAAGGUAGGAAAGAAAGAUGCAGAUGACGAACAGAUCCAGAUUGCAGCAACUAUGGCAAAUGCACACGCUUUCAUAUCCCAACUCCCGAAUCAGUACUUAACGGAUGUAGGACAAAGGGGUGUACAAUUAUCGGGCGGACAGAAACAAAGAAUUGCUAUUGCAAGAGCCAUAUUGAAAAAUCCUCCAAUUCUUUUGCUCGAUGAGGCAACGAGUGCACUUGAUUCCGCGUCUGAGAAGUUGGUUCAAGAUGCACUCGAGAGUGCAAUGAAAGGGAGAACAGUCAUCUUAAUUGCACAUAGGAUGUCGACCAUUGUGAAUGCAGAUAUGAUUGUAGUCGUACAAAAUGGGCAAGUCACGGAGACAGGAACACACAGUAGCUUGCUACAAACCAGUGAGUUUUACAGCAGCUUAUUUAGCAUGCAGAACAUCAGCGCAGAAGGUGAAUCGAGGUUCGUAUGAGCUAAUGUUCCAUCUUCUGAAUAGAUGUCUGUUUGUAUUAAUCUGUUUGUACAGAUUGAAAAUACCGAAAGAGUCGAUCAACAGGUUGUUGAACAGGUAGAACCAGUUGAUAAGCAUAUAGAAUCUAACAAAAUCCUCAAAGAUGCUCCCAAGCAAGAAGACCAACAUGAUGGAAGUGUAAAAAAAGAUGUCUUUUUCAGAAUCUGGUUUGGGUUGAACAACCGGGAGUUUGUAAAGAUCGGUGUUGGAUCUUGUGCUGCUGCAUUUUCCGGCAUCUCAAAACCCGUUUUUGGCUUCUUUAUCAUAACAAUAGGAGUUGCAUAUUAUAAGCAUGGCGCUAAAGAGAAAGUCGGUUGGUAUUCACUGCUCUUCUCGGCUAUCGGUUUGCUUUCACUCUUCAGCCACACUUUGCAGCACUACUUUUAUGGAGUAAUCGGAGAGAAGGCAAUGACAAACCUUCGACAAGCUUUGUAUUCAGCUGUACUCCGCAACGAAUUAGCAUGGUUCGACAAGCCUGAAAACAGUGUCGGUUCCCUUACUUCACGAAUCAUAAACGAGACUUCCACAGUCAAGACCAUAAUAUCCGAUCGUAUGGCUGUCAUCGUGCAAUGCAUUUCGUCGAUCUUGAUAGCAACCAUCGUUAGCAUGAUCGUUAACUGGAGAAUGGGUUUGGUAGCUUGGGCGGUGAUGCCUUGUCACUUCAUAGGCGGUCUUAUUCAAGCUAAAUCCGCCAAAGGGUUUUCAGGCGACACGGCUGCAGCACAUUCAGAACUCGUUUCCCUUGCUUCCGAAUCCGCAACAAACAUAAAAACCGUUGCUUCUUUCUGUCACGAAGAACACAUACUCGAAAGAGCUAAAUUGUCUCUAGAUGGACCGCUAAGAAAGAGUCGAAAGCAAAGUGUCCAUUAUGGCUUCAUUCAAGGUGUGUCCCUUUGCCUAUGGAACAUUGCUCAUGCCGUUGCUUUAUGGUAUUCGACCGUUUUGGUUGAAAAAAAGCAAGCGAGUUUCGAAGACGGGAUAAGAUCAUACCAGAUUUUCUCGCUUACAGUACCGUCAAUCACCGAGCUAUGGACUCUAAUCCCAACCGUAAUAUCUGCCAUUAACGUAUUAACUCCUGUAUUUCAAGCUCUCGACCGACAAACCGAGAUUGAACCUGACGAACCCGAGAACCCACCUUCUGAAAGGAUAAAAGGAGAAAUCGAGUUUCGAAAUGUCAACUUUACUUAUCCAUCAAGACCAGAAGUAACGAUUCUUGACAAUUUCACCUUGCGGAUUGAAGCUGGAUCGAAGGUGGCUCUAGUGGGACCCAGUGGAGCAGGAAAGUCUUCGGUUUUAGCCCUUUUACUACGAUUCUAUCUUCCGCUAGGAGGACUGAUAUUGAUCGAUGGAAGAGAUAUAACACGAUACAAUCUGAGAAAUCUAAGGAGACAGAUCGGGUUGGUUCAACAAGAACCAUUACUGUUCAGUUGCUCGAUUAGAGACAACAUCUGUUACGGAACAGAAGGAUCAUCGGAAAGCGAAGUUAUAGAAGUCUCGAGAGAAGCAAACAUUCACGAGUUUGUAAGCAAUUUGCCAGAUGGGUAUGAGACUGUGGUUGGCGAAAAGGGAUGCCAACUUUCCGGGGGGCAAAAGCAGAGAAUCGCGAUUGCAAGGACCCUGUUAAAGAAUCCGGCGAUCAUGCUGUUGGAUGAGGCAACAAGUGCACUUGAUGCAGAGUCGGAAAGAGCUGUGGUGAGUGCGAUGGAAUCGAUCAACCGGAAUGGAAUCAGUCAAUCGACACAGAUUACAGUUGCGCAUAGGCUUUCUACAGUAGUACAUUCUGAUAAGAUAGUUGUGAUGGAGAAAGGUAAGGUAGUAGAAAUUGGUACACAUUCAGCACUUGUAGCAGCAUCUGAAGGAAUUUAUUCAAGAUUCUACAGGAUUCAGAGCAUGAAGUAG